AUGGCGGCAAAGGCACCAAGUGGACCAAUUCGUCUCGGACAUACAGUUCCAAACUUCAAUGCGGACACAACGCAGGGAAAAAUCAAUUUCUAUGACCAACUACAGGUAACUCUCCCAGUGACCACAUUUACGCCUCAAAAAGUGACAAAAACGAUCUAUAGGAUCAUUGGGCGGUCGUAUUCGCUUUUCCAGAUGCAUUCCUCAUACUUCACACCGGUCGCAACGACCGAACUGAUUACCUUCACCCUCCUCCAAGCUGACUUCGCCAAGCGCAACGUCAAGCUCUUUGCCUUGAGCACUCGCAACACCCUUAACGAUGACGGGAAAUUUGAAUCCCACCAGACUUGGGUGCGUGAUAUCAAUGAUAUCAGCAAUGAGCCACUCCUCUUCCCCAUCAUCAGCGACAAGACGGGAGGGAUUUCCCGUCUUUUCAAUGUGCUAGGAGAGGGUGACGCCGCUGCAGUGAAAUCAGACGAUCGGGUGGGCGAAGGACUUGCCUUCAAAUCCAGGACGGUCUUCAUUAUCGAUGCUAAGAAGAAAUUCCGACUGAUCUUUAGCUAUCCGGCGGAUGUUGGAAUCAAUACUGCGGAGGUCUUGCGGGUCAUCGACUGCCUGCAGACAGUAGCCCGAGCAGAUAUCCAAACGCCUGCAAACUGGAUCCCAGGAGCGGACGCGAUUGUGCCCCCACAGUACGAUGAUAAGAAAGCUAAGGAAAAAUACCCUGGGUAUCAAGUUCUGAAGCCCUACCUCCGGGUGUGUAAGCUUGAAGUCCAGGAUACGAACGUAGAGACCAUUGAGGAAAUCUCUGGAGAGGCGACCGAGGAGUUUCUGAAGAUGUAGUUUGAUGAGCAAAUGACACUUAUAUGAGAUCAGAAUAACUGUGAUGAAGUUGGGGGUUUCCACAUAUAUAAGGUCUCUGCAAAUGUGUGCCUGACUUAUAGCUCCGAAUAGC